UGCAUUCCCACAUUCCCACUGAACCGCUGACUUCCUCUCUUUCUUGAUUUUCCGUCACCGAAGUCAGAGUUAAAUUUCUAUUAGUCAUUCAAUUCUCCCUUACGAUUUUCAUUCCAAGAUUUCUGGUACAAUAAUGCAGCACUGAUUUCUUCUCUAAUUAGUAGAAAUCACCAUUUCAGUUGCAAUCAACAUGUCGUUUGUCGGAAAGAAACUCAUCAAUGACCCCAACGCUGCAGUGACUGAGUUUAUCGAGGGUUUGGUGGAGACUUAUACAGGAUUGCAGUAUUUGGAUGGUUUUCCGGAGGUUAAGGUUGUUUUGCGCGCUGAUGUAUCAAGCUCAACUUAUGAUAAAGUAUCUGUUAUAUCAGGAGGUGGCAGUGGUCAUGAGCCUGCCCAUGCUGGAUUUGUGGGUCAAGGAAUGCUUACUGCUGCAAUCUGCGGGGAUAUUUUUGCCUCUCCGCCAGUGGAUUCGAUUCUGGCUGGUAUCCGAGCUGUAACUGGACUCAUGGGAUGCCUUUUAAUUGUUAAGAAUUACACUGGGGAUCGCCUUAAUUUUGGUUUGGCAGCUGAACAAGCAAAGUCUGAGGGGUACAAAGUCGAGAUGGUCAUAGUUGGAGAUGAUUGUGCUUUACCACCCAGAGGAAUAACUGGACGUCGAGGCUUGGCAGGAACUAUUCUUGUGCACAAGGUUGCUGGAGCAGCAGCUGAUGCUGGGUGUUCUCUUGCUGAAGUUACAGCUGAAGCGAGAAGAGCAUCUGAAAUGAUUGGAACUAUGGGUGUUGCAUUAUCUGUGUGCACGCUUCCUGGUCAAGUCACAUCAGAUCGUUUGGGCCCUGGAAAGAUGGAACUUGGUCUUGGAAUUCAUGGAGAACCUGGUGCUGCUGUGGCUGAUCUGCAACCUGCAGAUGUGGUGGUUGCUCAUGUUCUUAUGCAAAUAUUAUCAUCAGAAACUCAUUAUGUGCCUAUUGAACGCGGAAAUAAUGUAGUCCUCAUGAUUAAUGGGCUGGGUGCCACUCCUGUGAUGGAACUGAUGAUUGCUGCAGGAAAAGCUGUUCCUAUGUUGCAGUUGGAGCAUGGGCUUGCAGUUGACCGAAUGUAUACAGGCUCUUUUAUGACUUCUCUAGACAUGGCGGGAUUAUCAAUUACUGUCAUGAAGGUUGAUGAAGCAAUUCUGGAACGAUUAGAUGCUCCAACAAAGGCACCAGCCUGGCCUGUUGGUGUUGAUGGUAAACGUCCGGCAACAAAGAUUCCUGUCCCAGUUCCACUAUCUCCAAUUCUCACCAACAAAGAGUGCCCAAGUCGGCCACAACAAUUGAGUGAACAAGGUCGUAUUCUUGAGGUUGCCAUUGAAGCAGCAGCAAAUGAACUGAUUAAUAUUAGGGACAGCCUUAAUGAAUGGGAUAGUAAAGUUGGUGAUGGUGAUUGUGGAUCUACAAUGUUUCGCGGUGCUUCUGCAAUUGUAGAAGACAUGAAGAAAUAUUAUCCUUUAAAUGAUGUAACUGAGACUAUCAAGGAGAUUGGAUUUUCUAUCAGAAGGGUUAUGGGAGGGACAAGUGGUAUAAUAUAUGACAUACUCUUCAAGGCAGCAUAUGCUAAAUUGAAGUCUACUAGCCAGUGCACAGUUACAUCUAAAGAAUUGGCUUCUGCACUUCAGGCUGCUAUUGCUGCUGUGAGUUUGUAUGGAGGGGCAAGUGCUGGCUACCGGACACUAUUAGAUGCUCUUAUUCCAGCUUCAGAAGUUCUUCAAGAGAGGCUUAAAGCCGGGGAUGAUCCUAUCGAUGCUUUUGUUCUUUCAUCCGAAGCAGCAUUUAUUGGUGCAGAGUCUACUAAGCACAUGCAUGCACAGCUGGACACCUCUUUAAGUAAUUCAACCAGCAUUAGUUGCCUUCCUGGUCCCGUUGCACAGUUGGUUGAUUGAGCCAAGUAGGCCAGAACGGGUCAAACAAGGUUACUAGUUCAAUUGACCCUCUCUAAAGGUUGGCUAGGAGGGUAUCUAUUACGAAUCGCAGCUAGCUAAAACGGCUAGCAUCAUAAUUUGUAGGUAGCAGUUUACGGCAUCAAAGUGGCCAAAUGUGUUCCCGUUCUUGUUCCAUGUACCAACAUAUACAUCAUCCUAGGUAGUGCGAAGUGGAGCCAUGCCACUGCCACUUACUACUGCUGCUUCUUAGGCUCAUCUUUGCAGUACUGUGUCCUAUUGCUUGAUGGUUGCAAGGGGGUGUUUCUGUCCUGCUUGCUAGGGUAUAUGAUGGUAAUUCUUGGGUCUUUUCAAGUCUUUCCUCGUUUACUUCGGGAGGUUCUCUAGAGUAAUCACCAUAUCUUCUAUUAUACCGAUGUCAGGCGUAUAUUGUUUGUGGAGAUGAUCUAACACAAGAUCUGACCCUAGUAUAGCACAGAUACUUUGAGAGCAUAGGAUCCAAAUUUGAGACAUCAAAUCCAAAAAUUUAAGGAUUCAAAUCCCAUAAGCUGGAUUUGAGUGUACAAAACUAGAUUCGGAUAAUCGGAUCUAUAAAUCUAAUGCAGGAUUUAUGAUCUUUUAACAUCCCUAUUCGUAGGUAAAAAGAGUAUUUUGUGGAAAUUAAUUUUACCAGCAGACCACGUUGGAUCUCAUCUAAACCUCACCCAUCCACACAUUAUCUAGACUUGAUAUUGAUCAAGCUUGGUUCAAUCCAACCUAGUGCACACCUCUUGAGUGAACUAAUUAAAAGCUGAAGUAUAACCUAACCUUACAAGUUACAUCAUGCAUGCUCUUGAAUAAAAUAUCACACACCACUAUGAAUUUAUGAUGUACAGGUACAAUCUACAAUGAUUGUGAGAACUAGUAUGAUAGUUGGCGAAAUGAAGUAUGGUUUAAGCCAAAUAGCCAAUGCAUGGAUUGUAACGUGACAGUGUACAGAACAUUAAAUUCCAUUUUUUUUGCCAACUUCCUACAUACAGGUUGAAUCUAGAGUUUAAUGAAAACUGAAAAGCAUAGAUCUACAAAUUGAGAUAUUUAUUGAUGAGGAAAAUGUUGAUGCUUUUCUUAUUAUUUGAAGGGGCUUUGUAAUCACUCAUUCAUGGUUGAUCCUUAGCAAAUAGACUAAGAGUCGAGAUAAAAGUGAAUACUUAGGGAAGAGGUGAGGACUUUGAGUCACAAAACUCUAUGAUAGGAGAGGAUGCAGCCCUGGUAGGUUGUCUUCAUUGGCCUGCUGGAGAGUAGCUGUGAGGCUCUUGUUGGAUAGAUGGAGAUAGGAAAGGAACAGAGGGAGGUGAAAAAAGAAAGAGGAAGAUAUUUUACAAGUGGUAAGUUUGACCUUAGGUAAUUGCUGUCAAAGGACAUUGUAAAGUUUCCUAGAAUUAAGACUAGUGGAAUUUGCCUUUUCUUAAAAGCAAUAACUCAAAUUGAUGACUAGAAGUUAAGACUGCUGAAAGCAAAUUCCAUGUUUCAGAACAAGACUUUCAGGUCAUGGACACUGGUACCUCAAUGAGGCGUAUAAUCAUAAAGCCAAUGCUAUUCUCUUGGAGUGAGAUUGUGCCUAAGAUGCAACCAUGCAAAAACAUAUGAGAAGAAAGUGAGGCUUGACAAGAUACUAUAGGGCCCAAAACCACAAGAGCUGCUUGAGGAAUCUGAUGUGCAAUCAUGUCAUGGAAGAAUGUAUUAUAAACUAGCAAGGCAAGCAAGAAACUUUUUUUAAGGAUUAGUACAGCUGCAACAUGGUCCCCCUACUGUAAAAUAAAACUUGUGAAGAAACAAUGCUAGUAGAUUGGCUAUCUUCUGAUGGAGGUGGAAAAUACUGGAUUCACUGUUUUACUGACAAAAAUAUGCAUCUAGUAUACUCUUGAUGUUUCUUGAGAUACUAUUCUAUUAUAUUUUGAGGUGUGGGGUUUAGCAAUUGGAAAGGAGGAGAUUGAGGGGGUUUUCAGGUGACCUACCUAAAAGUUGAGGUGAAUUUUGUGAAAUAACCUGUUACUAUAUUUUUAUAAUAAGUAAUACCCACUCCUCUGGAAUUUUCUUUCUUGUAUUUUUCAAUAAUUGUACCGCCAAAAAACAGGCUAUUCUUUAAAACUACCUUAAAUUUGAGAAAAUUUGUGGAAAAGACCUUUGCUACAAAUUUUGUGGAGAACUACCUUAUAUGAUUUUUCUCAUAAGAAAACACCAUAUAAGACACUUUUUUUUUUUAUCAUAUGAUCCUCCCUUUUUUCCCUUUUUGUGCGUGAAAGUCACAAAUAUUUAUCAUAACUCUUUUAGCCGGAACUUGACUAACGCACAAAGAGAAGUAAAACGGGACAUACAAUGACCUAAAUUUUUAUUUUUGACCAAAAUUUGACUGAUAGGUGUCUAUUCGAUAAAAUGUGUCAUAUAAGGUGUUUUCUCACAAGAAAAAAAUUAUAUAAGGUGUUCUUUUGCAAAAAGUGUAACAGAGAAAGUCUAUCUCACAAAUAUUUAUAAUUUCAGUUUUUUCACCAAGUAGUCCUGAGUUGUUCGAAAAUUCACCAGGUACCCUUGCAAUCCAAAAUGCACAAGGUGCCCCUGGGGUUUUGAAAAAUCUCUGACGUGACUUUGCUGUUAAGCUUUCGUAAACUAUUACCCUAAAAAAAACUGAAACUAAUUCUACUCUUAUUUAAUUUAUCUCUCCAUCCACAACCACCCACAACCGCCCCAACAUCACCACUCCCACCUCCCACUGCUGCAUAACCACUGAAACUACCACCCUCCACUCUUUGUUUCGCCGGCGCCUACGCCUACGCCUCCAACCUGAAGCCACCCUCAUCCCUCCACCUCUUCAUGUCUUCUUCAUCCUCCCUUUUGCCCCCAUAUACGCACCACAAUCAACUCCCUAAGACCCAUUAUAAACCACCCAAAACGAACACCAACUGCAACAACGACACCACCGCAACAAUCCACGCUCCGCCCGCGGCUAGCUCCUAUCGUUCUCUUGUGCGCGCACCAACCCUCCCUCACCCACCGCUUUGACUGUUGGGGAAGGGGGUUGUUUACA